AUGUCUAGCCCGGUUAUCGUUAAAAGACGCAUCAUCUAUCCUUAUGAUCUUAAAUAUUCGUGUGCCGCAUUUCCGCCGAGAACGGGUCACAUAACUUACAAUCUCGAAGGUCAAAAAUAUGAAACCUUAGCUUUAGAAACCGGAAAAACGUACGAAAUGAUAUACCCGCUAUCGACGGAUGGUGACGGUUGGUUCGCAACCUGCGUUCAACAAUAUAUCGAACCUGAUUUGAUAAUGACGACCGAACAUUGUUAUUCCACUUACAUUCAUUUAUAUUGA